AUGAGCUCCUUGGCCCACCGCGACAGCGUCACCUGCUGCGGACGCGGGAGGGAUUUGAUCUGCUGCAGCACCUCCGGCAUCCCACUGAGGACCACCAUCAGGGUGAAGAACCCCGCGAGGGGCAUCAACGGGCCGCCGUCGUCGGGGCCGGCCUCGGCCUCGGCCUCGACCCCGGACGUCGCCGAGGCCGCCACCAGCGCGGCGACGUCCACGACGGUCGACAACUCCCACCCAUCCGGGGCGCCUAAGGUGCGAUGGGCGUAG